UCACACUUAUUCAGUAAUUAUUAUUUAUUUGUGUCAUUCAAAAUCUGUGCAUAUAUUAAAAAAUAAUAAUUAUAUAUAUGUACCAAUAUCUCAGGGAACUUAUUCAAGAUACACCAAAUUAUUUUGUAUUCAUGAUUGUUCCAUGUGGACUUAUUUUAUGUAUAUAUAAAAAAUAAAAAAUAUUAUUUUAUACAUAAAUAUAUAUAUAUAUAUAUGUAUAUGUAAAUGUAAAUUGGGAAUUUCUCCAUUGUGAGACAAAUAAGGGUUUUCUUAACUUGUAUAUACUGUAUAUUAGAACAAAUGAGCAAUAGUUUGUGUUAAAAAAAAAAGACAUUCAGAGAAUCCCUAACUCCGACUUGAAACAUGAAACCUGUUUUCAAACCAUAACUUCGAAUAUCCAUCCAUCCAUUUCCUGAACCGCUUUAUCCUCACGAGGGUCAUGGACGUGCUGCAGCCAAUCCCAUCUGACUUCGAACAGCAGGCGGGAUCUUAAUUGGUUGCCAGCCAAUUGCGGGGCACACAACGACAAACAACUAUUCUUGUUAAAACACUACUCCCAUAACGAUGCUUGAUUAGAAUUAUAUUUUACACUUAAUUCACUUCAAAGUGAAUAACGUAGAAGCUCAGUGGAAUCACUGAAGGGAUUGUGUUCCGCAGUUCAUGUCAUGUUUGUCAUGCGCGUGUGUGUGCAUAGUCAAAGGAGGAAACUAGUCAAGCCAGUCAAGUAUCGUUGCCUGGUCAAACAUGACAUUGGACAGGACCAACCCUAACCGUCACGUCAACACCAAACUGCAGCGUUUCACUCACUUGCUGUGAGCUGAUGUUGACACCGGGAGACAUGUAGACGGACGUCGUCACCUUGGUCCUUCACCAUGUCCAUCAGUGUGAACGUAAGGAAGGUCUCCAACCUGCCAGGAGGAUCCCAGCGGAGAGUGGAGCUCUCCUUCAGAGGAUUCACCCAGAGAACCAGAGUGGUGCAGAGCGAUGGUGUGGCCUUUUUCAAUGAGUCGUUCCGCUGGCCUCACUAUGGUAAAGUCAUCCGACAUGAAGUGCUGACCAUCAGAGUUUACAACUUCAGUAAAGUCUUCUCCAACAGACUGCUGGGAAAGCUGGUCGUGGGUCUCGAGCACAUCAUCACAUCAGGGAGGCUGUUGCUACGGGAACCACUCACCGACGGCAACCAUCUCCUGACUGAUAUCUACGUGGAGUUGGACGUGCGCUACAAUCCAGUUGAGGGCGCCGCAGGAGGAUGGGAGGGACAGGACUUCAUCAGAGUGGAGGACAAAGAUGAAUCAGCGCUGGGCUUCCAGAAUGAAGCCUUUGAAAAUGAUGAGAGCCCACCGAUGUUGAGUCGUCUGGAGAGGGACCUGGAGAGGGAGACCCGACAACUGGGGCGCAACCUCAUCCGUGUCCAGGGCGACCAGGACGACUAUGACGACUAUGACGACUAUGACGAAGACGACCUGCUGGACAUGGACAUGUCUGAUAUCGUCUUCACUCCUUUGAUGAGUCGUUCCAGGCCGCUGUCUCGGCAUGUUGCUGCAGCCACACCCAGGGUUCAAAGUUUCCAGGUGAACGUCAACAUCUUGGAAGCGCAGAAACUGGCGGGCGUCAACAUCAACCCGGCCGUGUUCAUCCGAGUGGGAGAGCAGAAGAAACACACGGCCACGCAAAAGUCCACCAACUGUCCCUUCUACAAUGAAAACUUCCAGUUUGAGUUCCAUGAAACCCCAGAGGUUCUCUUUGACAAGGUUAUCGAGAUCAAGGUGUACCACCGCCGAACCCUGCCCUUCCUCAUGAGCCACGUGGGAACCUUCAAGAUUGACAUUGCCACCGUGUUCCGUGAGCCAGACCACCGCUUCUACGAGAAGUGGGCCCCGCUCACUGACCCGGCUGACACCCGAUCGGGGGCCAAAGGCUACGUGAAGGCCACCCUCAGCGUGCUGAUGAAAGGCGAGGCUCUGAACACCAGCCUGCCGCCCGGCACGGCCGGCGCCAAUGACAGCAUCGACAAAAAUCUCAUGCUUCCCCGCGGUAUGCCUUCCGAUCGCCCGUGGGCUCGAUUUCGAGUGCGGGUCUACCAGGCAGACGGCCUGCCCACCAUGGAUGCGGGGUUGAUGGCCAAAAUGUCCAAAGUCACUGACCGAAGAGUCUUCAUUGAUCCUUAUGUUCAAGUCACCUUUGCUGGACAACAGGGUGAGACGUCUGUCGCGAGUGCCACCAGCUGCCCGGUUUGGAACGAGGAGAUCUCCUUCAUCGAGCAGUUUCCUCCCCUCGCCCAGCGGAUCCGAGUCCAGGUCCUUGAUGACGCCAAGAUGGGGGACAUCGCUCUGGCCACGCACUUCCUGGACCUGCAGCAGAUUUCAGACCCCACAAGGAACGGUUUUAACCCCACCUUUGGACCAUGCUGGGUCAAUCUAUACGGUUCUCCUCGGAACUCCACCCUCGGAGACGUCCACCAGGCUUUGAACCAGGGCCUUGGAGAGGGAAUCUUUUACCGUGGUCGAAUCCUCCUGGCACUGUCUGUCGAGAUUUACUCCUCACCAUUGGCCGUCGCCACAGACUCCAGCUCGGCCCCGCGAGCGAUGGUGAAAGGAACGUUGAGCAGGUUGGGACUGAGGAAGAAGCGAGGCAGCAAGAAGGAAAAAAGGAAGGAAGUUCCCAGCCAAAUCAGCGAUGAUUCUGGGGAGGCAGGAGUGGAAGUGCCAGAGGCGGUGACUGUGGACGUGGAGGAGAUUCACCCACUGCCUGAGGGUUUCCUGGGUGAGAAAGAAGACUUUCUGCUCUUUGCGUCUUUGUUUGAAGUUACCAUGAUGGAUCCAUCUGUCGGCACCAGGCCCAUGACGUUUGAACUUUCCAUUGGAAAUCGUGGCAAGGCGGUGACAGCCAGGAGAUCCAAGAAGAACCAAAGCCGGGAGGAGACCCGACACAGCCGGGAGGAGCUGAGGCAAAGCCAGGAAGAUCUCAGCGAGGAGGCCCAAGGGCUUCUGGAGUCGGAGGAAGAACUGGACAGGGAGGCGGUUCUGAGUCCAGAACCUGAGAACAGAUCCGUAUCGGAGCCCAUGAGACCGCAACCCACCGAAUACGACAAGUCGUUUCGAUGCAUACCCCUGCACGCACCCUGGGAGAAACACAAGCCGUGUUUGUUUGUCUGGAGUCAAUACGAAGACCACAGCUUUCGUCUGUACCAAGCAAAUUUGCUUAGCAAGAUGGCCGACAGGCUGGAGAUCGGUCUGGAUGAGGUGGAGCGUCUCGGGCGGAGGCCCCGCACCAACGUGAAGGAGCGUCUGGUGCAUGUGCUCCUGGAGCUGGUCACUUCCUGCAUACAAUUCAGACUGUCCUCAAACCGGCUUGCUCAGUUUCGUCCCAACAAUCUGGAUGCACGCAGGAAAGACUUCAUCAAGAAGAAUUUGCUUAUGGUAGCCAGACGGGCCAUGAGGGUCAAGCAGAGGUUAACCAGGCGGACACUCAAACAGCACCUGACGGGCAUUAAAAAACUCCUGAGCAAACUUCGACACCUGGCCAAAGAGCCCCAGAACACCAUCCCGGAUGUCUUCCUGUGGUUACUGAGUGGAAGCAAACGACUGGCCUAUGUCAGGAUCCCCGCCCACUCCGUCAUCUUCUCACUGGUGGAGGACCACAGGGGGCGGGAUUGUGGUCGGGUCACCACACUCUACAUGAAGUCUCCGGGAAGUUCCACCAGCGAGAUCUUCGCCAAGCUGGAGGUGUACCUGUGGCUGGGCCAGGCCAAGUACAGCAAGGAAGCCAUCACCUCGCUCCCAGACGAGUUCUUGCCCAUCUACGAGGAGGUAGAGGAGGUGACAGCGGUCGUCACGGCAACCAGGAAGAUGCCCAUCAGACUGUGCUGUCAGGACAGUCGCUACUUCCAGCUACGAUGUCACCUCUACCAAGCGCGCGGCUUAAUGGCGGGCGACGACAACGGCCUAUCGGAUCCCUUCGCCAAGGUGCUCUUCUCCACGCAGUGUCAGGUGACCAAGGUGUCCCCAGAGACGCUAUCCCCGGCGUGGGGUGAGUGUUUGCUCUUUGACCGCGUCCUUCUGGAGGGAACGAUGGAGGACCUUGUUCAAGACCCUCCCCUGGUUAUCAUCCAAAUCUUCGACUACGACGUCGUGGGUAGCCCGAAGUUUCUGGGCCAGGCGUACGCCGAGCCCGAGUUGAAACCCGUGGAGGUGCUCUACCGGAAACCCCGUCUGCGCUUCUAUGACAUCAGCAUGGGGAGGGUGCCGGCCGGAGAGCUGCUGGCCGCCUUCGAACUCAUCGAGCUGGACUACUCGUCCUUCGGCGAGCCGUCCCUCCCAGGCAGCGUGGACCCUCAGGAGCUGACCUACCUGCAAGAGCAGCGCUGCUAUGACAUCCCAGAGGGGGUGCGACCGGUCCUCAGGAACUUCAGAAUCGAGAUGCUGUUCUGGGGCUUGCGUGAUCUGAAGCGCGUGCAGCUGUUUGAGGUGGAGCGCCCCCUGGUGAUGGUGGAGUGCGCCGGAAAGCAGUUGGAGUCCGAGGAGCUGGAGAGCUACAAGACCCACGCUAACUUCAAAGAGUCCGUGCGCUUCCUCCACGUGAAGCUGCCGGAGCAGGCUUACUUCCACCCGCCUCUGAUGCUGUUCGUGGUGGAGCGCAGAGGGUUCGGACGUCAGGUCCUAGUCGGGACCCACGUGGUCCAGAGCCUCAUGGAUUUUGCCACACCUAAACUCUGGGACGAGCCGGAUGAGGAAGAGGAAGAGCCUAAACCUAAAGUGAAGAAGAAGAACACCGUAUUGAAGACCAGCACGCUGAAGUCACUGAGCAAGAUCAAACUCGGCAACCUGUCGAUCAAAGAGUCGAGGAUUCCCUUCAGCCCCAUCAAACUGAUCAAUGCUCCCCUGAAGAAGCUGCUGAAGGACAAAGACGAGCUGGAGGAGGAUGUGCCGGAAAACGAGGAGCUGGACUGGUGGUCCAAGUACUACGCAUCCCUGGAAGAGCUGGAGAAACAGGCUGCUGAGGAGCUGAGGAAGCAGGAGGAGGAGGAACAAGAUCAACAGACCGAGGGAGAAAAUGCACCAGACGGAGAAGAUGUGGACUCGGUGGUGGUGCAGAUGGAUCCUCCCAAGCGCAAGAAGAUCGCUACGCUCGAGUUGUACGCAGGUGACUUGGAAUCGGAGUUCAGUCAGUUCCAGGACUGGCUGCAGGUGUUCCCAUUGUUGAAAGGCCGAGCGAUCGGCGAGGAUGCUGACGAAGGCGAGGACGAGCGUCUGAUGGGAAAGUACAAGGGUUCCUUCCUGGUCUACCAGAUCGAUUCGGACGACGAAGAUGACGUCAAGUGUUACAUCGACAAAGGGAUCCCCCAAAACUCGCCGGUCAAGGUGCUGGUUCGCAUCUACGUCGUCAAGGGCACCAAUCUGGCUCCCGCUGACCCCAACGGCAAAUCCGACCCGUACCUGCUGGUCCGCAUUGGGCAACAGUGUCAAGACACCAAAGACCGCUACAUCCCCAAACAACUCAACCCUGUCUUUGGAGAGGUGUUUGAACUGACGGUGUCUUUCCCGCUGGAGACGGAGCUGUUGAUCAGGGUGAUGGACCACGACAUGGUGGGCACAGACGACUUGAUCGGGGAGACACGGGUGGAUCUGGAGAACCGAUUCUACAGCCGGCACCGCGCUACAUGCGGCCUGGCCCUUUACUACGACGCCGACGGUUACAACGCAUGGCGGGAUGCAAAAAAGCCUUCCGUCAUCUUGUCCGAGCUCUGUAAGAAAAACGGCAUUCAGGCCCCGGAAUAUCGUCCGGCCGAGGUCAAAGUCCUCAACAAGAUCUUUAAGAUCCCAGAAGACGCCAUCCCAGAAGAUUUGCUGAGGAAGCCGAAUCGUUCAGCCGAAGAAGAGGCGGUGAUGGAGGAGCACGCGGCCGUCAGCGUGCUGCGACGUUGGGAACAGAUGAGCGAGUUCGUCCCGGGAGCGCUUGCGCUGGUCCCUGAGCACGUGGAAAUCCGCUCACUCAUCAACCACGACAAACCCGGACUUCCGCAGGGUUACCUCCACAUGUGGGUGGACAUGUUCCCGACGGACGUUCCGGCGCCGCCGCCUGUGGACAUCAAACCUCGACUACCCAUACAGUACGAGCUGCGCGUGACAAUCUGGAACACGGACGACGUCGUCCUGGACGACAUCAACCCGUUCACCGGCGCACCGUCAUCCGACAUCUAUGUGAAGGGUUGGAUUCGAGGCCUGGAAGGCGACAAGCAGGAGACGGACGUCCACUUCAAUUCGCUCACCGGGGAGGGAAACUUCAACUGGAGAUUUGUCUUCCGCUUUGACUACCUGCCCACCGAGAAAGAGGUGGUGUUCAAGCGCAAGGAGUCCUUCUUCUCUCUGGAGGAGUCCGAGUUUCGCCAGCCGGCCGUUCUCACGCUACAGAUUUGGGACUACGACCGCAUCUUGGCCAACGACUUCCUAGGCUCGUUGGAUCUGCGGCUAAGUGAGAUGGUGCGCGGCGCCAAAUCGUCCGACAAGUGCACGGUGCAGAUGGCCAAGGAGCGCGCCGGCCCGCGGGCCUCCAUCUUCCGCAGCAAGAAGUUGAAAGGCUGGUGGCCCCUCACCCGCCGCCAGACGCCCGAGGACCUGCGUCGCCAGGAGGCCGAGCGCAACCAAAAGCAAAACAAGAAGAAGAAGAAAGAAAGAAAGAAGACGGAGGACGUCCAGUUCACCGACAGCGAUGGAAACAUCCACUUGCUCACGGGUAAAGUGGAGGCGGAACUCCAGUUGGUGACGUUGGAGCAAGCCGAGGCCAAUCCAGUCGGACGAGGCCGCAAAGAGCCAGAACCACUGGACAAACCAAAUCGUCCCACCACCAGCUUCACGUGGGUCGUCAACCCCCUGAAGACGUUCAUCUUCAUCGUCUGGAAGAAGUUCAAGAAGUUCAUCAUGACUUUGGUGAUUCUCGUCAUGUUGGCGCUCUUCUUGGGCCUGCUGGUGUUCUCGCUGCCGCAACAAGUCACACGGCUCCUCGUCAAUGGGUGAACAACGGCAACGUUAGCGCUAAAACUGCACUCGCCGGAAUACUUUUGGGUUGUAAUUUCCUUUUUUUAUUUUCUCUUUUUUUCUUUUUUUUUGGGUGUAAAGUGACACAAUUGACUUUUUUUCUUACUUUUGGAUUCUUUUUAAUUUGUAACGUUAUUUUUUUAUGCACUCAUCUCAGUCAUUUUUAAAAUGUUUACACUUUUUUUGUGAAUUUUGGCCAUGUUUGAAAAUUCAAGAUUGACUCAAACAUUUUACACGUGAAAUCAAUUUUGAUGGAAUUCUGAUCUCAUGUUGAUGUUGAAUUGACCCAGAUACCCGCUGGCUAAUUAUUUCAUUGAGUAAUUAUUUCUAAUUGUUUGUCAUUUACAUUUUUUCCCCACAUGACUGACUAAAAUAACCGAACUUUGUUUUCACCUUUUUCUUUUAUACCGUUUGAUUGCAAGUCAAUUCAUGUUAAAAUGUUUUAAACGGGUGAAAUUGAGUCCGUUUUGCUUACUUUUCUCAUAUACUGCAUGUCGGUAGCAAAGGUCCGCUGUCUAUACAUUUAUAUGAUAGCAACAUGAAUUUUUAUUUUGUCUUCAUUGGCAUAUUUGGUAUAAAGAGUAUUGAUAAGUCA